CGCAUUAACAGUGUUUCCAAAGAGGAUUGACGUCGGCAAAAGAUUUUAUCUCAAGUAUAUUUUGGACCCUUAAUUUACAAUCGAAACUUCUUUGACAAAAAGCAAGUUCUCAGGACGCAGUGACGGCGGUUGCAAGCGCCAACCCGACUCCUAAUGACCUGGACGCGUAUCUGCCCUGGGCCUGUGCGCAGCUGCAGUGUGAUUUCCCUAUUACCGUUAUCAAAAUAACCCAAUCUCAAUAUGUGAGUGUCGCCACUGGUCCAAAAAAGAAUGUCAAUAGGUCAAAGGUAAUCAAAUUGAUACAGUCUUCAAGCAGUGAUUCUAAUCUCAAGAAAGAUGACAAGAUGGUUCAGUCGGAAUUAUCAGAGGAAGAAGGUAUCAUCAAAAUAUUCGCAAUAUACGAUCUGGCGGACCAUUUAGUCGAGUUAAAAUUCGUUAAGAAUGAGGAACUCCCCCGAAUACUGUUUCAGAUCAUAGGGCUCAUCAUACCAUUUCAGAAAUAUCUCACCACUAUCACGAUCCACCAAGGCAUAGAUGUGUACGGUCUGUAUGAAAUUACUAAGUUUCUACCAACAUGCAAUGUGACCGACCUGUGCUUUGACGGUACAAUCUUAAAUGGGGGAAGUUAUGGUAUUCUGUUUGAAAACUUCACUUCAAUCAAACGCAUUUGUUUGUCGCGGUGUAAAAUUGACGAUACUGUCAUAGAAACUAUAGCUUCUCAAUUAGUUCACCCUUUACCAGCUUCGAAAAGUUUACUUAUCCUAGACUUAUCGACAAAUAGAAUAACAGACAUUGGCGCGAAACAUAUGGCGCAUGCGCUACGGUCGAACAGAGCUUUGAACUAUCUGAAUCUGUCAGACAACAGCCUCACAGAUGUAGGAGGAGAGAUGCUCUUGGAAUCUCUUAUGAACUUCCAAAUAACCAAUGAAGAACUACAAUUUUCGAAAGAGGAGAAGAUGAAAUACUUGCGAAAAAGGAAUGAAUUAAUCACUCACAUUUUAAAGGAGCUUCGCACAGAGUUCUUGAAAGGCAAGAGGAAGUCAGUGAAACCCUUAAUCAAACCACAGACACCUAAGAAAGGAAAAGGUAUAGAGAGAGAAGGAUCAUUGAAAGCUAUAUCUGAUGAUAAAUUAGCGAUGGAUUUUGAUUCGUUUUUAUAUGAGAGGGCAUGUAUCGUGGCGGAGCUACAAUUGGGGGUUUUUAACGAUCCUUUUAGCAGAAAUAACUUGGUUAUUAAAAACGGCAUCGUGUAUUGCCUCGGCAACAACACGUUGUGUUAUUUAAAUUUGUCCUAUAACAACUUGACAUAUUUAAGUUUAAAGACAUUAUUAAAAGUGGUAAAGUGUCAAAAGGGUAAUAACCGGAAACCUCAAGGCAUAAUAAAUGUAGCUAUCAAUGGAAAUUAUUUGCCUGUGUCUUGUGCAGAACUGCUUCAAAUUGAGGACUUGUUAAACGUAUCUCCUGAUAAGAUUUCAAAUAAGAAACGCGCAGGCUCUAGAUCUGUUUCGACAGUUCGCCAACGGCCUUAAGUUCAUUUUAACACGAAGGUGAUUAAGUACCAAAUACGUAUGUUAUUCCUUAUUCCAAAAAGCGUCUUUAACAGUCGAAAUAUGCUAUUUUUAACUUUCAGAAAAAAAAACGUGAAUUUCGAACAAACUCGCACCUACUACGUCUUCUGACACUACUGAUUGUCUGUUUCCCAAUAUCUUUUUAGUGUGUUUACUAAGGAAUAUUGAUAAGGUCAUAAUUAUUUUUCGUUAAAAAAGUUGUUAUAGACUUAAUUUACUAAUACACUGGACAAAAGCUGUAAUAGGAGUGAUUUGACGCUGGCGGUCGCAGUUUGCUGCCAGUAUUAUAAAGUGCAUAUAAGUGGAAACUUCCUUUUUUAUCCAACCUUAGAUUAUACACGUUAAGUUUAGAUAAUAAUUAUUAACUGUUUUAUAAUUUAAUUUAGUUGAUAAUCGGUUUAAUUUAGAUGAUUGUUAUUGAAACUAAUUGUUAUUUUAGGGAUUUUUAGCAAU